CUUAGGUGAGCCGCCAUAGUUCUGUAGUAUUCUCCCCGGCUUGGUCCUUCCCGGUGUGGUUGAGUCCAACAUAGCGCAAUCAUGGCCUCCUUAUCUAUGGCCCCGGUGAACAUCUUCAAACAUGGAGCUGAUGAGGAGAAAGCAGAGACUGCUCGUCUGUCUUCUUUUGUUGGUGCCAUUGCUAUUGGGGAUCUGGUGAAAAGUACUCUUGGACCAAAAGGAAUGGACAAAAUCCUCUUGGGUGGUGGACGGGAUGGUUCUGUCACAGUGACCAAUGAUGGCGCAACUAUUCUGAAGGCCAUUGGUGUGGACAAUCCUGCUGCCAAAGUGUUGGUUGAUAUGUCCAAGGUUCAGGAUGAUGAGGUUGGCGAUGGCACUACAUCUGUGACAGUGCUGGCAGCUGAACUGCUAAGGGAAGCAGAGUUGCUGAUUUCCAGGAAGAUCCAUCCUCAGAUCAUCAUCUCUGGUUGGAGGAAGGCUACGCACGUUGCUCGUGAGGCCCUGAAGGAGGCUGCAGUAGACCAUGGUAACGACCAGGCGAAAUUCCAGGAGGAUCUAUUAAACAUUGCCCGCACCACUCUGUCAUCCAAACUGCUCACACAUCAUAAAGACCACUUUGCCAAGCUGGCUAUGGAGGCAGUGCUCAGACUGAAAGGCUCUGGCAACCUGGAGGCAAUCCAUGUCAUCAAAAAGCUGGGAGGCAGCCUUACUGACUCCUACCUGGAUGAAGGAUUCCUGCUUGACAAGAGAAUUGGCGUCAAUCAGCCAAAGAGGAUUGAGAACGCAAACAUCCUCAUUGCCAACACUGGCAUGGACACAGACAAGAUUAAGAUCUUCGGCUCCAGGGUGCGUGUGGACUCCACAGCCAAGGUGGCUGAGAUCGAGCUGGCUGAGAAGGAGAAGAUGAAGGAGAAGGUGGAGCGCAUCCUGAAGCAUGGCAUCAACUGCUUCAUCAACAGGCAGCUGAUCUAUAACUACCCUGAGCAGCUCUUUGCUUCUGCUGGCGUCAUGGCCAUCGAGCACGCCGACUUUGUUGGAGUGGAGCGCCUGGCGCUGGUCACAGGUGGGGAGAUCACAUCUACCUUCGACCACCCUGAGCUGGUGAAACUGGGCCACUGCAAACUUAUUGAGGAGGUGAUGAUCGGAGAGGACACCCUCAUCCACUUCUCAGGAGUGGACAUGGGUGAGGCCUGCACUAUUGUUCUGCGCGGGGCGACUCAGCAGAUUCUAGAUGAGGCCGAGCGAUCUCUCCAUGAUGCUCUGUGCGUUCUGGCUCAGACUGUUAAAGAGACUCGCACUGUCUAUGGUGGAGGUUGUUCUGAGAUGUUGAUGGCCAAAGUGGUAACAGAUUUGGCCAACAGAACCCCCGGCAAAGAAGCUGUGGCUAUGGAGUCCUUCGCUAAGGCACUGAGAAUGCUGCCAACCAUUAUUGCAGAUAAUGCGGGUUAUGACAGUGCGGAUCUCGUGGCCCAACUGAGAGCAGCUCACCAAGAGAACAAGACCACUUAUGGCCUUGACAUGACACGGGGCAUGAUCGGUGACAUGGGACUCCUGGGCAUCACAGAGAGCUUCCAGGUGAAAAGGCAGGUGCUGCUUAGCGCUGCUGAGGCUGCGGAGAUGAUCCUCCGUGUAGAUGACAUCAUCAAGGCUGCGCCCAGGAAACGAGUACCUGAUCAUCACCCAUGCUAAGGCAGGCUGAGGAGCAGAGCAGCAGUGCGGGGGGGAGAGCCUGCAUAUUUAUUACCAUCAACAUUGCCUGCUUUUGACUUUGUGUUGCUGUUAACACUGUAGAGGCUGCCUGUGUGUCAACCAAAAUGGCAGUGGUGUUUUUUUGUUUACUCAGUAAUAAAACAAUACAAUGUUG